UAGAUCUUAUUUAUAUUAUAUAAGAUUGGAAUUGUGCUAAUUCGUAAAAUGGCUGGAGGAGGAUCUCAACCACCAGUUAUUAAUGUUCAACUCCCAGCUAUCACCGUGAACUAUCAGGAAGGGACGAGAUUUGCUGGAGACAAUGUCGGGCAGAAGACUAAAAUCCAGGCCGCAGAAAUUGGUCAGAUCGUCGUCCCAACACAAGGAUCAAACGUUCAGACACCAACUCGUCCUUCCCCUCGUGACGUCACUGAUAAUCUUGAGAAAAUGAAUCUGGCCGGAGGGAUGCAUUUCGUUACAUACGAGAAUAUAAGACGAUUGAUUCACCAAUCCAAGUUCGUGGACGCGCUGAUUACUUUGCAAGAUAUUCCGACUUCUCAAGAACAACAAUUCAUGUUGUCAGAAUGCUACUGUCAACUUGGAAGAGCGGAUAAAGCAUUGAGGUGCAUUGAAGCGUUACAAACAAUGAUGACGUCAUCAACAAGACUUAGUGUUGAUGACAUAAUCAAAUUAGUUGAUAAUUACGUUUCUGAUUCGUUCUAUAUUCGUGCAUUGAUUUUACUUUCUUGUUGUGCUAAGUUGUAUAAGUUCGAUUGGAACCCGAAUAUUUCGGUUGUUGGAAUUCAAUUUUGCUCAUGGAAAUGCAGCAACGUCAUCAAAAAGAUGGUUGGAAAGGGGGAUAAAAUGAAAGUGAUUGCGAGAGAUGUUGGUUUGAAAAUAAUCACUGAUAUGUUGAGAGAACUGAGAUCAGUAUCAGGAGCUGAUAAGAAUAAAAAGGCUGUUAUGGGGGCUGCAUGCUCGAAAUAUAUUGGGUAUAGUUACCAAAUAGUUGGUGAUUAUAAAGAAGCUAUCGGGUUUUAUAAUGAAGGUUUGAAUUCAAUGAAUCAAACGUUUGGUUCGAACGCUGCAAAAUCUAGCGUGUUUGGGGAUUUAUUACACGACAUUGGUUCAGCGCAUUAUAAUCUCGGUGAUUAUUCCAAGGCUGAAUCGUUUUAUUCACAAUCUCUGGAUGCGAAAAGAAAAGUUGAGGAUUGGCCUAGUGAUAAGGUGAAACAGGGAAGUAUAGAAAUGACAGAGAAAAACUUAGAAAUUACGCGAAACAAGAUGAAAAAGUGAUUCUGUGUCUUGAAUCAACCUUGUAGUUGGGGACGCCAUCAUUCUAUGUUUUAUAAAAUAUUUUUGGAGUUUCUAAAAUUAAUGACAAAAGAGUUUUUUUUCUAAAAUUCUAUUCAACAAAUCACUUCGAAUUUUCUGAGGUACAUUGAUCAGCAAAAAUAAUUAUAUCAACAAACUCUGUUUCAUGGAAAUCAAUACCAAUUACCAAGUUCAUAACAUAUUCGAAAAAAAUUAAAAUAAAACCUUCAAACUUCUCUUUAGAUCCCAAAUAUAUUCUUCAUAAAACUCCCAAAUUAUCUUUCAUCCAACUCUUUUAUCUCCCACAAACUUAGUUGAUUAGAAGUUUGAAUCAAGUUAGAUGCAGAUUAAUAAAUAAAAAUCACAAAUUUCCGCUCAUUCAUAAAAAUAUUUCAUUCCCAUUCAUGGUGAUCAUAUCUUAACAAUGUAUAAACAAGAAUAUCGGUCGGAGACCGAAGACUUAUCGAUCGAAAGUUAGGGGAUCCCCCAUUCAUUCACUCUGACUCUAUAAUGACACCGCGUGUCCCAUCACUAAUUAAUUAGUAACUCGCUAAUUAUACGACAUAAUUCAUCCAAAAUCAAUAGGCUCCUGGUCCGAGCUAUGAUGAAUGCACAUGCAAUUUGGGGCAGAUUCUACCUCGCUUUCGUGAGAUAUUGCGUGCAUCUAACAGACAGACAGACAAAUACCUAUCAACAUACUUACCGAUCUAAGUAAUAACUGUUGAUUUGAGUACUGUAUAUAUUUCUUGUGCAUUGUAGCGAAUCGCCCAAUUUAUUUCAUGUGAUUGCUUUGAAUAUAACUUUGUUUCGCUGCAAAAUUUCCAGUCAAGUUCCCAGAAUUAUUCAGUCAAAUGACAAGAUUUGUUCGUCUACCCUUUGGCAAAUUCUCUUCAAAAAUCGUGGAUUUAUGUACUUUUAGGAAAACGCAUCGAAUUACUGACAUUUCAUAGUUAAUUCUCAUCAAAUUUUCAUCGACUCAUUCAAAGCAUGAAAUGUGACAUUUGACAGGCAAAGUCUUGGUUUCAAACCUUCUUACAAAUUAUACUGAUUGUAUUAAUCGCUCCAUUUGAUAUCGAUACCCAAGUACAAGCUUGCCUGUGAUUGAUCCUAAUUCACCUGACAAAUGACCGACAACCCAUGUCCAGCAAUGUAUAUUGAUUGUAUUGUAAUAAAAUGCAUUAAAUUUAAUGUUAUUUCAAGGUAAUUCAAGUUGGUUACUGUAAUUUUACUUUAAUUCGUUGACUGAUUUUAUGAUUUUUACCAGUCAUUUUACUUUAGUUUAAAUAAGAGCAACUAUAGCGUGGUAAUGUAACUGUUAUUGUAUAUUUAUUCAAGUCAGUUACUGAUAUUUUACUUUGAUUCAUUGAGUGUUUUCAUUAUUUUGCAGUGAUUGAAUAAAUAUAAUCA